UUUUUUUGGGUAUGUUAUAAUGUUAUCAAAAUAAUUAUUGUUUGUCUUGUUAGUUGUUAGUGAUAAGAAGAGGCGUUUUCAGAAUAAAAGCAUUUGGUGAAAAAAAACUUUAUUGUUGAAAGCAAAACAAUAGUAUUACAACUUUGAAUCAUUGUAACAAAAGUUAGAUAGACUUUGUAAUUUAUAUAUCGACAAAGGUACAUAGGUAGCUUCGUGCGUGGAUUGAUUCCUCUGCUUUGGAAUCAAAUUGAAGGCUUUCGUAAUAACGCCAAGCCGCUUCAAGGGUCUACUUUUUAAAAGCACUGAUUAUAUAAUUAUACGUAGUCCAAUGCCAGAGGGUCUUACGUCUUAUAAUGCUUUUUAAUAGUGCUUUGAGACUUAUAGGAAUAUAAUGCUUUUUACCAGUUCCAUGCAUUGUAGUGUACCUAAUUGACUUCCAUGUGUUGUGUUUACGUUUGUGUAUCCGAAAGCGAGAGUAUGGGUAUGUGGACAAUUCCACGUCAGCGGUAUUUGUGGAGCCCACAAACGGAGCCACAGAGAUACGCGUGUUGCGCACACAGUUUAACACAGGCAAGGUUUACAAGAGCGCGUUGCUCCCACCCUUCAGCACGUGGGGUCAACGACAGUGACACUUGACUCGAUCCAUAUCUAUUUCGACGUGGACAUGAUCCAUCAACUACAAGUCUACAUGUAAAGACAAAAAAUAUAUAGAGACUUAUUGCCUGUAUACGUAUUUAUUGGGCUUUUUGAUUGGGCCCUAAAUCUAUUAAAAAUUAGGGGCGCGAGCAGAAGACCCAGUCCAAGUUGGAUCCCAUUCGAAUUAUAAAAACUCUCGAUUCAACAAUAUUUUUGUUUUGUUUUGUUGCAGUGAGACCUCUAACUGAGAAUAAAUAUCCCAAUGUUCAUAUUUUAAAAAAAUCUUAAUUUUAUUUCAACUAGAUUUUUAACCCGUACUAAAAAUUAUUCAAAUAAAAUUAAUAAUAUUUUUGAACUGUCAUUUUAUAAUUUUUAAGAACUUACAUGUUAAGUUCGUGACAGAAAAAAUAGCAAUUUAGGACCAAGAGCUAGGAUGGAAUUUUUACAACAUAAGUUUUCUUUUCACUUUUGUUUCUGAAAUUGACUUUCUGACCAUCUCUAAUGUACCUAUAGAUGCAACUCUGAAUAUUGUUGCAUCAUGGUUUAAGAUCUCCCAUGAAUCUACAGCAGUAGGUUUAUCUACCAUAUCCAACUCUGCAUUUAUCUCAUCAAUUCUCUUUGGUAUUCUUCAUUAACUAUAUUCCUAAAAGAUUUUGUAAUGAGAAUGAAUGCAUUAUUUUAACUAAACAAAAUAUUCAGGUUUGAAAUCGAGUUUCAUAGAAUAUAUAUAGGGAGAUUUUUUGCUAACUAUAUAGGGACAAUAUUUUAAUAAAUUGUUAUUUGUUAACCAUAAAUAUUUUCUAAUUUUUUGUUACUGGAUUUAUUGUUUAGAUAUUGUAUAAUCAAAUUAUAAGAAAUAUUAUAAAUAUCUCUAAUGAAAUGUGAAUAGAUCUAAAUUUAAGUACAUAAAAAGUAAGACUCUAAAUUAAUAAAUUAGAUGAGUGAUUUUUCGGUAAAAAAUGGGUAAAUAUUUAUGCAGAGUCUUGGCUUCUGUUUUGAGUUUUAAAAUAAUUUUGGAUUUUGGGAAUUUUUUGUUUGUUUGUGUUGAAUGGAUGAGACAACAAAUUUUAGAGCUGAUUGAUUUUGUAAGAAAAAAAAAAAGAACUCCAAAUUUAAUUGAGGAUAACUGAGAUGAGACAGAGUCUCUAUACUAUAAGUAACACAAGAUCGAAUUAUCUUCUGCUUCCAUCCACUGGACCAAAAAUAAGAUAAAAAGAAAACUAUCUAAGGCGUGGAAGCUCUGCAGCUCAUCCAUGGUACCUACCACUGCCACCGCCACCAUGUGUCCAUCUCCUCCUCUCCCAACAAUUUCUCCUUUACUCAGAACAACUCACCAAUGUCAACCAUCUCCUUCCUCAUCAACCCCAUCUUCCAUAAAGCUUGGCACCACUCUGUUUUCCAGUGAGGCCACGGUGGAUGAGAGCUCCGUGACGAUCAAACCUGUGAAAUGGGGGUCCCAGUUAGAAAAGAGGAGGAAGAAGAGGAGGAGAAGGAGAGCAGGUUUGGAUCCUGAAGAAGAGGAAAAUGUUGUCCCAGAAGUAGAAACAGAACCAAAAGCAGUUAGUGUUCAUGUCGGAGCUUCACGGUCUGGUUUCUUGAGUCGUUUAGAAGAGGUUCAGCUUUGCUUCUACCUCAAGGAAGGAGCAAUACUUGAGAAUCUAGAAACAAGUGUGGAGGAGAAUGAGAUGGUAUCAUUGUUAAUGAAAGGCAAGAAGAAGCGUAGUGCUAAUGAAAUAUUAUACAGAAGAAGAGAAGCUAGAGAGAAGAUUACUCGUUGUUACCGGAGACUAGUUGUGUCUAUUGCAACAGGCUACCAAGGCAAAGGGUUGAAUCUGCAAGACCUGAUUCAAGAAGGAAGCAUAGGUCUCCUUAGAGGCGCUGAGAGGUUUGACCCUGAACGUGGCUACAAACUAUCAACUUAUGUCUACUGGUGGAUCAAACAGGCCAUCUUAAGAGCUAUAGCUCACAAGUCUAGACUAGUCAAAUUGCCGGGAAGCAUGUGGGAGUUGACAGCCAAAGUUGCAGAAGCUAGUAAUGUUUUGAGCAGAAAGCUAAGACGGAUACCAAGCUCUGAAGAGAUUGCAGACCACCUUAACAUCCAUGUAUCAGCGGUUAGACUUGCUGUGGAGCGGAGCAGAUCCCCUGUCUCGUUGGACAGAGUCUUAUCUCAUAAUGGCCGCAUGACGUUGCAGGAGAUUGUACGUGGACCGGACGAAACAAGACCAGAGGAGAUGGUGAGAAAGGAGCACAUGAAGCAUGAGAUUAAGCAGCUUUUGGGAACUCUUACCGCUAGAGAAUCUAGAGUGUUGGGACUCUACUUUGGACUCAACGGAGAAACUCCUAUGUCGUUCGAAGAGAUAGGUAAGAAGUUGAAGCUUUCAAGAGAGAGGGUGAGACAAAUCAAUGGCAUUGCCUUAACAAAGCUACGAAGUGUACAUAACGUGAAUGAUCUCAAAAUAUAUUAUUCCUCUAGUGAAUGAGAAAAUAUAAAAUAAGAACAAUAAUAGAUUUGUUGUUCCAAAAUAAAUAA